AUGAAUUUCACACCUGUGGACGGUAAUGUGACAGAAGCAGUGAAUCACCUGGACAUGUUAAUUACAGCUCUCACCAGGAAUGUAGCCGUUGUUAUCCUCGGCAUCACCAUCAACUACAUCAAUGCCACCAUGGUCCACACAUUCAACACACAUCAUAUCUUCAAGUCGAACCCUCGCUAUAUCCUUUUUAUCCACCUGGUGUUCAACGACAUGAUCCAGCUGACAACCAGCAUUUCCCUCUUCAUCUUUGCCUACGCCUUCAACACCAUCUUUGUCUCCCUCUGUUGUCUCCUCAUUUUGCCAGCUAUUCUUACUACACUAAACACCCCUCUGAACCUAGCUUUCAUGGCCGCAGAGUGCUACAUCGCAGUCUGCAUUCCCCUCCGCUACAACAACAUAUGUACGGUCAAAAGAACAUAUAUUGUAAUUGGCAUAAUCUGGACAAUGAGUUCACUUUCUGUCCUACCCGAUGUCUUCAUCCUUCUGGCCACUGAACCUCUGGAGUUCUUACAUAGCAGAGUUUACUGUUCCAGAGAUUCAGUGUUUAGGAAUACCUACACUGUGAAGAAAAGGGAUGUAUCCCACAUAUUGUUUCUGGUUGUGGUUUGGCUCACUCUGUUUUACAGUUACUUGAGAAUUUUGUUUGCAGCCAAAGCUGCUAAUGCAGAUGCUAAAAAGGCCAGAAACACUAUCCUCCUUCAUGGCUUUCAGGUGCUGCUGUGUAUGACGUCUUAUGUGCGACCUAUGUUAUCUCAAGUGCUGACAUACUUGUUCCCAGCAGGUGUGAGAUCUAUAUACUUUGUUAUGUUCAUUAUAAACCAAAUCCUCCCUCGCUUUAUUAGUCCCAUUGUCUAUGGGUUACGAGACAAGACUUUCAGGAAGUACUUCAAAAGGUAUCUGUGUACAGUAACCAGACAUCCAAAGACAGCACCAACAUAA